UUGAGUUCAGAUCAGAUGGUGCAUGUCAGUAUAAUAGACGAUGUUUCCACCGGGGCUGUAAAACUGGUGCACAUGCUUACAGAAGCGUCACGUGACAGAGCAGUAGACGGACGCUGUGUGCGGGGUUGUUGUGUUCGUGCAUGUUUUCAGCUUGCUAGUUUGCUAAAACUGCAGCGCUUCUCGUAUCACCCGGACAAGCAGGGCCCAGAUGUGACGGUGACUGAAGCAGAGGAGCACUUACGUAGAUUCAUUGAGGUUGACCAGGCUUGGAAGGUCCUGAGCAACCAGGAGACAAAGAGAGCAUAUGAUCUGCAGUUACGUGCCAGUGAGCUGAAUCAGAGCUGGCCAGUCGAUGCCCGCGUGUGUCUGGAUGACAUGACAUGGGAUGAGGAUAACGAGGUGUACACGUACAGCUGUCGCUGCGGAGGGGAGUUUUCCACUGGAAGGGAGGAGGCGGAUGGGGCCAUUGUGUGCUGUGACACCUGUUCCCUCGGCAUAGAAGUCAACAGGACAAACCUGACUGGCUGUGACAUUGUUCGCUAGGCUCUUUGAAUCCUGGGCUAGAUGAUGUCAAGGCAGUUCAUAUUUUUCUCAUCGUCAUCUACAUACACUGAAUACAAUGUUCACAUUUUAACCUUCUGUUGGAAUGAACACACCCAUGGGGCCUUGUGUACUUGUCGAGUGGACAAUGAAAGGAUGGUUUUGCUCUUUGACAGACAAGCUCCUCUGUUUUAACAUUGUGCAAUAAAAUCAUGGGUGCAGAAUUCAAAUGGCAACUAAUGAAUGUUUUUAAUGGUAAUGGGUAUGUGCACAUUCCUUAUGUAAUGUCUCUGGUCGACCCUGAAGUUCUAUUGUAAACUCUGACCUUCUAUUGUUGACCCUGAAGUUCUGUUGAGUAGAAGUAUCUGCAGUUUUUUUGCCCCCCACUAUUGUGAAAAGCAAAUGGCUCGGUAACCUCGUAGCUCUUGUUAACUUUGUUUGCAUGUAAAUAAAUAGGUUUUUUUCCGAACUCACAAUGCAGCAACAAACGGCCUCCACACUUCACCACAGAAGACCCCUCUAGCGAAUGACAAGCUUUUUGUCUUUCUGUCCCUUGUCUGCCAUGUUGGCAGAUAGGAGAGGUUACAGCAACGGGAUGGGGUCACGUGUUCAUUAUACUUCAAAGAGAGUCAUUAGGCUGUUAGCUAAAAUCUGUCUUCUUGCAGCAGAAACAGCUUGAGCGGGGCGAACCACACUUUUCAUCAACAUCCCGCAUGCUGAACCCGGGCUAGACCAGUCAGUGGGCCAGCAAUGGACCGAACCGUAAUCCACUGUGACAUCAAUUAGGAAUAAUCUCAUCACUUUUGGAGAGUGGGCUUGUCAGAAGCACUAAUGAAGUACUUUGUGUCCUCACUUUAUAGUGCAGACAGGAUCAACGAUACAUUAUGGUGCUGUAAUGGAGGUUGGUCACAGCGGCCAUUGGUGUGGUGGUCAAUUUGAACCUGGUGUGAAAUGGUGUCUCGGUUUGCAAAAGUCAUCGGUUUCCUUUGGGAAACGUGUUCGAUCAUUAUUGAUCAAGUGGCUUUCAAAUAGGGGUUGAAAUGAACAGUCAAUAUGAAGGACAUUUUUUGCUUUGUGAUUUUGAAUGGUAAAUUCUAAAGAUUGGUCGUAAUUGCACUUGAAAUGAUUACAACUUUUGCUGCGCUUUUAUAUAUACUUUAGGUAAGGAAGUGGGUCAACACUGCCAUAUAGAGAGACUUUUCGCCAGUUGGUGUCAAGAUGUUGUAGAUGGAGUUCUGUGGUGCCAUGGCUUUCGGUGUGAAUGGCAGCUGUAACCUGAAACCCCUGUCAAGUGUGAACUGAACGAAGCAGAUUUUCACAGAUCUCCUUCCAAGUUCACAGGUAUCUUUGAAAAGACCGAUUGAAAGAGAGGCUCAAACUCAAAGGGGGAUGGAGAGAAAGCCACUCUUUCUUCCAAUCAAGCUCAAUGGAUUUUUCUUCCCUGGUUUUCUUCUGGAACUCCAACUUAAUCUCAGACGGACAAAGGAACAACCCCUCCUCCCUAUCUAAUUCAUAUCCCAACACACAGAUCUGGAGAUGCAGAGCUCCCCUGUUUGGGCUGGAGCCACAAAUGGAAUUGCCUCUUUCUGAGGCCGUUAGACAAAAGAUGUGCUUCAGAAUAGCCGUCACUGCAGGUGUUGCACUCGUUUGAAAAUCACAUGCAUUAAAAUCAGUCGGUAUUUUCGUAAUGUAUGAUUAAUAUUAGAACCUACAGUGACCUCUGACCGUAAACGGUCACAUGAGGUCCGUUCAUUGACCGCACAACUCUGAUACGACAGGCUUGAUUUGGUACUAAACUUGCCUGAAUAAGUCAUCUUUUGCCGAGCGACAACAUUUUCAAGAUUGCAAUUCUCGGCCGCAGGCUGCGGUGACUUACUGCUACGUGUUAGCCAGGAGGGCCGCUUAGCCCGCCGUCGUCAGCAUGUUUACUCCCUCGCUGUUGUAAGUCCCGUGUGUUGUUGACUACCUCCUCAACAUGGCAGAGCCUGCCGACAAGGACACCAAGCCAUGUGCAAACAGCACGGCUUCCCGGAGAUCAACGUGGUCAACACUGAGCUGGUUAUCUGGUGUCUGUCUGGGGCGUGGAGUCAACACAGAGGCUUGUUUGAUGGCCAGAUAGACUGUGAGUGAGAGUGACGUGCUGCCAGGCCCCCCCGACCCACCGUGUGCAUCCCCAUGUUUGCUGUGGAGAUCAGUGGGCAUCCCUCUUUACACAGCCCAUUUUAAACCCAAGAGUAAACAGGAGCGUUCCACGGUGACAUUGGCCUCAUGCUUUAGCGGCGGCGCCGGGUGUGGAGAAUUGAAAAGGCUACUGUGUUGGACUACUAUUGCUGAUUGCAGUCCAGAGCCAGUGGACCUACAGAGAUGAAUAAAACACACAGUUGGAACAGUUCGCUGCAGGUUAGAGGAACAAUGAGAUGAUAUACAGAAUUAACAUUUAACGGCUAAUCAGAAUGCUGAGGGUAAAUUGGUAGCGAUUUGUUAUUGUUUUUUAAUUAGAGCAGUAUAAUAGUUAUGGUUGGGGCCAGUUCAUGGGAGAGCUCUUAUUGAUUGUAAUUAACGCUUCCUUCAUAGAACCAGAGUUAUUCUGUUUCCCUUUAUCGCACGCACAAGUGGUGUAGGGCAUGUUAAAAGGGACUGUGAUAAAAAUCUAAACGGAAAGCAAUUUGUCUUAUUUUCUACUCUCAAGUAUUACUUGAUGCUCUUCCCUGAUGUUUUUCUUAAUAUACCAAUACCAUGUUGGUGCAUUUUAAUAAAUACAAAACAUAGACC